CGGUGUCUGACAGAGGUAUUGCCCUGCACCGCCGUCCUCUCUCUGUUUAUAUUGCUUAACUGUUUACAAAACAUUGCGGGGGAAUAUCCGUGGUCUCUUCUAUCCGGAUGAGAGGAUUCUUACCGUAUUUUUGUUCCUGCUACGUGGACUUUAAGCUCUUCGCUGGAGACGGGAGAGUCGCACUAACGGGAUAAAAAACUGCCAUUAUAAACCAAAACAACAAAAACGAAGAACACGUCCUCGUCGUCUCGUCGCCUGCCUGUGGUGGAUAUAUACACACCCAAAGGAAUGCUGCUGUCCAAGCUCAAUUCUCUGGCCCACAUCUCCACUGUAGACAUGCCGGCGAAGAUCCAGCUCCAAGUUCAUCAAGUGAAGGAGAGGGAGCCUUUCGAGAAGCUGUAUCAGGUCGGCGCGGUGCUGGGCAGCGGCGGCUUCGGCACCGUGUACUCCGGGACGAGGAUAUCCGACGGAGCUCCGGUUGCUGUCAAACAUGUGGCCAAGGACAGAAUCUCCGAGUGGGGGGACCUGAAUGGCUCCCGGGUCCCAAUGGAGAUCGUGCUGUUAAAGAAAGUCGGGACAGGCUUCCGUGGCGUUAUCAAAAUGCUGGACUGGUUUGAGCGGCCGGACAGCUUCAUCAUCGUGAUGGAGAGGCCCGAAAACGUCAAGGACCUGUUCGACUUCAUCACGGAGAAAGGUGCCUUACCGGAGGAGCUGGCGCGAAGCUUUUUCCGCCAGGUGCUGGAGGCUGUGCGGCACUGCCACAGCUGCGGCGUAGUGCACCGGGACAUCAAGGACGAGAAUAUACUCAUCGACCUCCGCACCGGGGAGAUGAAGCUCAUCGACUUCGGGUCCGGAGCCCUGCUGAAGGACACCAUAUACACAGACUUUGAUGGCACAAGAGUGUACAGCCCGCCAGAGUGGAUCAAAUAUCAUCGCUAUCAUGGACGCUCUGCCACAGUUUGGUCCCUGGGUGUCUUGCUGUAUGACAUGGUGUGUGGGGACAUUCCGUUUGAGCACGAUGAGGAGAUCACAAGGGGGCAGGUCCUCUUCCGGAGGAGAAUCUCCACAGAAUGCCAGCAGCUGAUCAAGUGGUGUCUGUCUCUGCGGCCAGCCGACCGUCCAUCCUUCGAGGACAUCAUCAAUCACUCGUGGAUGCAGAGCACACCCUCCUCUUUAAUCCCAUCCACAGUGCAGACGGAGAAGACGACCACAGAGAUCAGGCUGCACAGCAUCAGCCAUGAGCCCACAGCCUUCACACCCACCCCUGUGGCCGUGGCUCAGUGAUGGAGACGAACAGUUCGCUCUGGGCUGCUGGGUCCGAACUGGACUGCACUGACAUAAGAGACUAUUAAUAAAGACUUAUGUAACAGACUUGAAGCAGAGAGGAGGGGAGGGCAGCGCACAGGCCGGCGGUCCCGACACAAGUGAGAGCAAGGUGUAAAGGACUAAACACAGAGGAGACCGAGGUCACGACAAAACUAUCACACCUCGGUUUCAGCCUGGCAGGCCAGACCCUCUCCGCCCUCACCACCCCAACUACUUGAUUUCCCCAGCUGUUGACCCACGUCGGUGUCACAACAACAUCCUCGCUGGAUCUAGACAACGGGUGUUUAUCAGUCUGUAGGGGGCAUGCUCUGUAUGCACGGACACCUGCAAAUACAGUACACAAGCUCGCUGUUCUGCUGAAUGAUAAGCAGACAGUCUGCGUUAUGUAACCUCUCGCUGCACUGUAUUCUGCUCCCUCCCUGUACUCUCUGUGUCACAGCAGAGUCGGAAGAGCAGGGGUGUUGGCGACGAGGAGCGCAGUUUUCAAAAAGUGCCUUCUGUGAGAUUGUUGGGGGACCCUGAAAAUACUUGAAUUUGUGAAAGCAGAGAAGGCUCUUCUUCUCCGAGACCUUUCUGCUCCUUACUCUGUACAAGGCUUUAUAUUGUUUAUUGCUGUUUUUUUCUCUCAUGGGCCUAGAUCAGUAAAGCCUAUGCCAUCUACAACCACUACUAUCACAACUUCUACUACUCCAAUGUCAUCGGCAACCAGACAACCUCAUACCUCUGGCAGCAACCUGUGCAAACACAUCAUAAAGGAAACACUGGACUUACCUCACUCUCUUUACUACAGCAUCCACCUCUACUCUACAACCUCCGCUUCCUCUUCUUCUCAUGUUGUAUACAAACAUGAGGCCUAGGCAACCGCUCGUUCACAUCCACCUGAAUGCACGCCACAAUGCAAACCAUACCGAAAUACAACAUCCUCUGCUCUUCACUUCAAUUUUUUUUUAUUUUAUGUUUAAACAGUGCCUCACACAAGUCUUAAAAUUUGGUGGGGAGAAUUGUAAAUAAUGAUGAUAUUUAUUAUUGUUGUGACUUCUUUCUCACACUCAAUGAGCUCAGAAUUUAUUUAUUUAUUUAUGAGAGAAUUUCGGCUGUUUGUGUGUAUUUCAUUCCACAGUCACUGAAGGGCCCACAGAUUAUUUAAAGAGACAAACAAAGACGAGAUGAAUCUUUUCUGACCAUAUUUAUGGCUUGAAAUUUAAAAAAAAGAAAGAAAAAAGAGCAGAUGUGUGUGUGUAUGUUUGUGUAUGUCCUGUAAAUAACGUGUAAAUAGUCCCCGAAAGCACUUCCAUCUUAAUGUAUCUGAACAUGAACGUCUACUGAUGCUAACUGGUUUUGUGUAACUGGUCGCUGUUGUCUGCUGUGGGAGCAAAUGUAUUCUGAAUGUUGGAUGUUUGUGUGUAAGAGUGUAUGAAUGUAUUUGUGUGUGUGUGUGUGUGUGUGUGUGUGAGAGAAUGAGAAAACUUCUGGUUUCAUGAUUGCAGCUUGGAUUGUUUUUUCAUCCAUUCAAAUUAGAAUUGUAAAUUAUGUUAGAAACUAUUUUUAUACGAUUUCAAUAAAUAUUUUUUUAACUAUGA